GCUGCCGGAGCCGUCCGACCGCCCGCGCGCUCGGCACUCGCGGCGCCCUCCGCCCGCGGCCCCUCGCCCGCGGGUCUCGGGCUCGCCGGCAGCGGGAGCGGCCUCAAGAUGGACGAAGACGGCGGCGGCGGCGAGGGCGGCGGCGUGCCUGAAGACCUCUCCUUAGAAGAGAGAGAAGAACUUCUAGACAUUCGUCGAAGAAAAAAGGAACUUAUUGAUGACAUCGAGAGACUGAAAUAUGAAAUCGCUGAGGUGAUGACAGAGAUCGACAAUCUGACUUCUGUGGAGGAGAGCAAAACUACUCAGAGGAACAAGCAAAUAGCUAUGGGAAGGAAGAAAUUCAACAUGGAUCCCAAAAAGGGAAUUCAGUUUCUCAUAGAAAACGACCUGCUGCAGAGCUCCCCAGAAGACGUGGCCCAAUUCCUGUACAAAGGAGAAGGUCUGAACAAGACUGUCAUCGGGGACUAUCUGGGUGAGAGGGAUGAAUUUAACAUUAAAGUUCUUCAAGCUUUUGUUGAGCUCCAUGAGUUUGCUGAUCUCAACCUUGUACAAGCGUUAAGACAGUUCCUGUGGAGCUUCAGGCUUCCGGGGGAGGCUCAGAAAAUCGACCGCAUGAUGGAGGCGUUCGCCUCCCGCUACUGCCUGUGCAACCCUGGCGUCUUCCAGUCCACAGACACGUGCUACGUGCUGUCCUUCGCUAUCAUCAUGCUCAACACCAGCCUGCACAACCACAACGUGCGGGACAAGCCCACAGCCGAGCGCUUCGUCACCAUGAACCGUGGCAUCAACGAGGGUGGGGACCUGCCCGAGGAGCUGCUGCGGAAUUUGUACGAAAGCAUCAAGAAUGAGCCGUUCAAGAUCCCGGAGGACGAUGGCAACGACUUGACACACACGUUCUUCAACCCUGACCGCGAGGGCUGGCUCCUGAAGCUGGGGGGGCGAGUGAAGACGUGGAAGCGGCGCUGGUUCAUCCUGACCGACAACUGCCUCUAUUACUUCGAAUACACGACCGAUAAGGAGCCCAGGGGGAUUAUCCCACUGGAGAACCUGAGCAUCAGGGAGGUGGAGGACCCACGGAAACCCAACUGUUUCGAGCUUUAUAACCCGAGCCACAAAGGGCAGGUCAUCAAAGCCUGUAAGACGGAGGCUGACGGCCGGGUGGUGGAGGGGAACCACGUGGUGUAUCGGAUCUCGGCGCCCAGCCCCGAGGAGAAGGAUGAGUGGAUGAAGUCCAUCAGAGCCACAGUGGGAUGCUGUGUGUCUGGUCGUGUGGCUGGUGGGCAUUUAUUCGAGACGGCCGUCCCCGGAGCAGAGGCCUCGCCGGUCAAAGCGGAAGUCACGCUUUACAAAAUGGAGGAACAAAUGUCAGGGCCCACAGUACCCCCGGCUCAGAGCCUCAGGCUCCAGAGCGAGCAUCAGUAGGGAUCCUUUCUAUGACAUGCUGGCCACAAGGAAAAGGAGGAUUGCCAAUAAAAAAUAGAGGUUUCCUGGCCUGGACAGUAAAAGUGAAAACCAAAACCCCACAGCAGAAAGUGACCGGGAGGCCUCCCUGUGACACCCUGGACCCCAACGGCCUUUUCCAGAAGGCAUCAGGAGACAGUGCUUCUGUGCAGAGCUUGUGACCACUCCAGGGUGGCCUCGAGGGCCCUGCCGGCUUCUCCCCAGCCUUUGUGCGUCGUGUCCGGUGAGCGACACCGAGUGUCCCCCUUCUGCCGACCUUCCUGGCCCGCAGCACAGACGUCCACACGUCCUCCCUGCAGUUCUGUGCAGCAGGUGCGCCUGGGAGUUCAGCUGCGACAGCCCGUGCUGCAGGCUCGGCACUCGAGGUCUGUCCCCGGGAGCCUCGCGUGUUCCCGUCGUGCCACACGUGCUCACGCGUGGCGUGUUCACUGUUCUAGAAGCCGCUGUUUUAUAUCAAAACAGGAAAGGAAAAGCUACCACUUUUUUAUUCAGAUUUUUUCCCUCAGAUAUGUAGGAUUAUAGCUUUUAUAUGCCUUUUUAUAUUCUGAAAUUAUAAUGGAAGAUACUUUCUUAACAGUAGUAUUUUUAGAAUGGCAGCUACACAUUAAACUCCUGGACACACGUCUAUACUGUGCACUGGAAUCACACACACAUCUGCAGCGGCCACGGGCGGCUGUGGAGCAGGGAUCCGCCUGCGAGUGUCGGCCGAGGUCUGUUCCUAGUGUUGCUGCUCUGUGAUGCCCUCAUCCGUCCAUACAGGGAAGUGGCUGGGUGUCCGGGUCCCCUAGGACGUCUCAACUCAGACGGCUGGUCCCACAGAUGCUUUCUAAAAAGGCAAAUCCUUAAAAUUUAAAUUACGGUUUUGGGGCAUUUAUCCAGUACCUGCUGAACCCCGGGGGCAGAUAGUCCAUAUGCCGAACCAUAUGGACCCGCUAACAUUCGACUGUUCCACAAGCAGCAGUUCCAUAUGGUUCAACUGAGCACAUGGUUCGGACCCGCUUUUGACCACCGUCUUCACUAUUUAAACCUUUUGGCAGAAUGCGUGCCAAUAUCACUGACCCGCUAAUAAUUUGACCAGAUUUCUUCAUAUCAUGAGUUGGCAUGUAAGUCACUAGAAAUCAUCUUAUCCCAUGUUUUCAGAGGUUUACUCUCCCGUUACGAAGAGGGAAAGAGCAAGCUGUGGGGAGACAGUGGCACUGAGAGAUUCUGUGACUGGGUCACAGCCCGAACCUGCACUGCUGGGUGACGGGAGCUACCGGGCAUCUGGCUGCUGGUGACCGCACAGCAGCCACAGGUCCUCGGCAGCGCAUUUGCUGCGGGGGUGACGCAGCUGAGGGCGCACGAGUGGGCAGGGUGGAGGCUGUGGGCUGUGACAGGACGCCCCUGGUUCCUCAGGACAGGGCGGGGGACAGACGCCGCUCUUGAUUGGGAGCUUCAUCGCCAUCACCAGGACCAGCAUGCCCACGUGGGUCCCGCCCCCAUCUGCGUAGCACAUCCUGAGUUUGCCCCCGUUAGAAGUCACUACUCUUGUGUAAAACCAAGUUCAAGAAAGAAAACCUCAGGCGGUGUGCACUUGAUGUGGAGCCUCAAGCAGCAGAAUUAACCGUUCCUGUGAGUUGCCUUGAUGCUGAGACCUGAUGGCUGUGGGACCGUAGCCUCGGUGCGGCUGACCUUGACGUAGCUUUAAGCCACUAGACUGCAAAGGGGUCUGAGCCCGUGACUCUCCGACACACAUCAAACUGACGUUUUUGGUUUAUUCCCCAAGCUCUUAGGCUCUGUUACUGUCCUGAUACCUCAAAUCCGACACUUCAGUGUUUGAGGAAGGCAAGUCAGCAUUGUUGAAAUGCCUGACUGAUAUAUAUGCAACUCUGGCCUCCAUCUUCCGGAAAACAGACCUGCCGGGACCCCUGACCAAACACUGCUGAAGACGCCUCGGCAGCACGGCCCCUCGGGCUGGCCCCACACCCAGGACUGCCCGCGGCGCCGGCUCCAUCAGUGUUUCACGUGUGGAUGUUCUCUGUCCUUUGACCCAGGUAGGACCUCGUGGAUACAGGGCUUUGUCUCCUGGGUUUGGGAGAAGUGAGCAUAAGGAAACACCUUCUAAGAAAUGGUUCUUUGUCCAUCUGUGAAGGAGCUUCCCUCGGUGGCCAUUUCCCCAGGAGCAAUGCAGGAGGCCGUGGUGCUUAGAACCUCCCACCUUGCCAUCAGUGUUACGUGUCCUGUGGCAGUAUUCACGUCCCGGCAUUUCGCUGGCACCCCACUACGCCCUCAGGCCGAGCUGGGCGGGGCUUUGCCUGAACCUCAGGGUGACCGCCUUCAUCUUCCUCCCUGCCCCCAUGUCUGUGCUCAGGGCUGAAUGACCAUCCCAACUCUGGCCAAAGACAUGCUUUCCUCCCAAGACCAAGGGCAGGAGGCGGUGAGGGGCCCUGGAUGGGACGAGGUGGCCUCCACAGCCCCACCGGCUUUGCUUAGCAGGUGAGGCUAGUUGGAUGACCCUGAACCUAGACAAGAGAGCGUCGUCAGGAAACUUUUGAGCAGUUUCAUGUGGUACCAAACUGGGUCCAAAUAGCUUCUAUUUAUAGGCAAAGCAGCAUUUAAUGCUUCACAUAAAGCAAUGCAUAUUUUUAAAGUUAAAAUGCAUAUAUCUACAUAGAUAUGCUUUGCUGACAAGUCAGGUCUGGUGUAGACCAGAAAACACGUUGUGGUUUCUCUUAUUUUUUCUUAGAAAACAUUUCUAUUUACAGUAAAUAUAGUUAAUAUGUAAAUAAUGUACAUACAUAAUGAUUUCUGGAGUGUUUAUUCAAUGUAUAUACUCCCACAACUUGCAUGAAGAAAUACCUGUUUCGAUAUUUUGUUGUAAAGUGAAUAGUUAGUAAAAUUGGAAGGUGUAUGGCUGUCAAAUUGCAAAUACUGUGUUCACUAAAUAAAAAUUAAAUGCACUGUUAAAACCA